GAGGAUGAGCUUAAUGUGUACUUCCCGCGGCAUUUCUCGGCAUCAAUAUUCCAAUAUUUGAUCAAAGACAAGUGACAAAACAGUUAAUAUAUAUGAUCUAGGUCUACUAAAUAUAAUUUAUAAGAUCAUCAUGCCAAGAACACAGAAGCAGGCGGACAAUGACAAAGUAUCAAGUUCCCAAGUCUCAGCCACUCAGGCGGAGAAAGCCCACUCCAGCAUGGAACGUGGAGAACAGGAAAAGAAACUCCACGAUCUCGUUCAGUUUCUAUUGAUCAUGGACCAAAAGAAACUGCCAAUAAAGAAACAAGACAUCAACAAGCAGGUUCUGAAGGAACACAGCAAGGCGUUCCCUGUAAUGAUUAAACUAGCAGAGAAGAAACUGAAAGAGGUAUUCGGGAUCGAGUUGGUCAGCUUAGAGGACAAACAGAAGGGUAUGUACAUCCUAGUGAACACGCUGGACACCGAUGUUGACGAGGAGUUGGAGCAGGACCCUAACCUCAAUCUGACCCCUGUGGACUGGUCAGAAGAAGAUCAUGCCAAGACAGGACUUUUAAUGGUGGUGCUCAGUGCUGUGUUCAUGAACGGAGACGUCAUGGUGGACUCACAGCUAUUCCAUAUGCUGAAGAAACUCGGGGUUGAUCAAGAUGGAUAUCAUGCUGUGUUUGGAGAUGUGAAAAAGCUGUUGACUACAGAGUUUGUCAGACAAGGAUAUCUAGAGCACAUCAGACAACCCAACACAGAUCCCCCAGUCUACGAGUUCCGGUGGGGAUUCAGGGCUAGGAAGGAAAUCACCAAAAGGAUAUGCCUAAACUUUGUCAGUCAGUUGUAUAAAAAAGAACCGGAAGAGUGGGUGUCCCAGUUCAAGGAAGUGGAAGAAGAGGGAGGAGAAAUGGAGUCCGCUUCAUGAUGACGUCUGGAGUUAUUGUUAUGCUACUGGGGUACCAUUCUAUUCUGGUGCUUUUCCAAGCUUGCAGCUGAUGACACAAAAAGUCUAUCUGGAAGCAAUGAAAUGUGUGGCGAAUCGACUGUUUUUUUAAAAUUAACUGGAUGUGUUUAUGAAUGUGAACAGGGUUACUUUACAGAAGUGGUGAUAUGUGAAGCUUGAUGGAGGGAGAGUUUUUACUUCAUGUGUGAAGUUGACUGAUACAUGUACAUGUGUAUUGGGAAGAGAGUUUGUAGUGUUAACUUUCAAAGUACUGCAUUUGUUACGUGACAUCUAGUCUUCAUUCAUGUACUGUAACCUGUAUUAUAGCAGUGAAAGAGAUUUUUCCAUGGAAAUACAGAACAAAGGAAUACACCUGUAUAGGAAGAAUAUACCUGUAUAGGAAAAAUAUACCUGUAUAGGAAUUGAUCUUUUGAAACAAACACAAAUGUUCUGAUGAGGCUUGUAUUUUAUGCCCUGUUAUUAUCUUGACAUUUGAUAUAAAAUUUUAACAUUUUA